GUGUCCCACCAACGCAUUAUCCACCGUCGAUUCCUCUAAAGUGUUCGAUCUAUAAUCUCACACAGAGUAAGCACGCAUAACGCCAUAGGAGAAGGACCUUCUACCAGAAAAACUCGUAGUGUUAUUAUUAUUUGGUCGAUUCUCCCUCUUCUCUGUACGUCAAGAGAGAGAGAGAGAGAGAGAAAUGGAGAGGGCGAAGCGAAACGCUGUUGCGGCAAUCGCGUUGGUGGUGGUACUCGCGGUGGUGGCGGCGCGUGUGGAGGCGCAGCAGGACUCAAACGUGAAGACGCUGGUGAAGUACAAGCACGGGAAGAAGUACUGCGACAAAGGGUGGGAAUGCAAGGGGUGGUCAAUUUACUGUUGUAAUCUCACUAUAACCGACUAUUUCCAGACCUACCAGUUCGAGAAUCUGUUCUCCAAGCGGAACUCUCCGGUGGCGCACGCUGUCGGAUUCUGGGACUACCACUCCUUCAUCGCCGCCGCCUCUCUCUUCGAACCGGAAGGUUUCGGUACCACCGGCAACAAGACCAUGCAGAUGAUGGAGAUUGCCGCGUUCCUCGGACAUGUCGGCAGCAAGACCUCUUGUGGUUAUGGAGUGGCUACUGGAGGACCUUUGGCUUGGGGUCUUUGUUACAAUCAUGAAAUGAGUCCUAUGCAGUCAUACUGCGAUGAGUAUUUCAAACUCACAUACCCCUGUACUCCCGGUGCUGAGUACUAUGGACGUGGUGCUAUUCCCAUUUUCUGGAACUACAACUACGGUGCUGUUGGAGAAGCUUUGAAGGUGGAUCUUCUAAGCCAUCCAGAAUACAUAGAGCAGAAUGCAACCCUUGCUUUCCAGGCUGCAAUAUGGAGAUGGAUGACACCAAUAAGGAAGUAUCAGCCCUCUGCUCAUGAUGCCUUCGUUGGCAACUGGAAGCCUACCAAGAAUGACACUAUGGAGAAUCGCGUUCCUGGUUUUGGCACUACAAUGAACAUUCUCUAUGGGGAUGGUGUUUGUGGUCAAGGUGAUGUGGAUACGAUGAACAAUAUCGUUUCCCAUUACAUGUACUAUCUUGAUCUUCUUGGAGUUGGUAGAGAACAGGCUGGACCCCAUGAAUACCUUACAUGCGCUGAGCAGGUUCCUUUCAAUCCAUCUUCCAAAGCUGCCUCAUCAACUUAGAUUACAUUUAUUAUACUGUUGUGCCAAUCCCUUUGAAAGUGUAAGUUAAUAAGGGUUCUUUAAAUUAUUGGUAUGCAAUAAUUUUGAACUUUGUAUGGCAGUGUGCGGAUUCAUUUAGCUUUUCUUCGUCAUUGUUUAGUAGUUAAGUCAUAUUGUAAUACCAUACGUCGUGAAAAAUUUGUAUCUGGUAUAUAUGUACGUUGUGAGGGCAUUUUGUCGUUAUCAUUAUUACAUAUACAUUUCUUGGUUGCAAUGUAAAUUUGAAUAUCUUCAUUUCUUGGAA